UGCCGUAUAAACUCGUCAAACCUACACCAGGAUUUUGUGUUAAAACUUUCAUGAAACCUGACAAUAAGAAGAUAUUUGUAAACAUCUGCUUAACUGAUGCUAUACCAUGCCCUAGAGAUAUAACUAAUGAAGAGCUAAUGAAAAUUUUGAAUUCGGAAGAUCCUUCCAGUUACAGAGUACCAAUGAGCAUAGGUGAAGGACGUACAGAACUAGACAAAUCUGGAGCACCCGCAACUGUAUAUGAUGUUGCCAUAAAUCCAAAGUUCUUUACUAAAAUUGAAAAUGAUGAUCUGUUUCAUACAUUUUUUCUCACUGUAGUCUUUGAAGGGUUGCAGGAUAAAUACCAAUUUGAACUAGAUUCACAGAAAUACUCUGUUCUUAAAAAUAGAAAAUCUAUUGGUACACUGCAAUCUCAUAGGAUUCAAAUUAGGGAUAUAAAAACUUCAGAAUCACCAACAAAUAAACCGUUAAUUGAAGAGAUUGAUAGACCAUUUGAACAGAAAAAGAUAAAAGAACCCGCAAAGGUGGAGAACAUAAAGAAGGAAAUUGUUUACCGAUUGAGAAGAGAGCCACCUACUGGUGAAAUUGAUUAUCUGUUGGCUGAAUUUAAAAUACCUGCUACUUUAGAAUUGAAAGACCUACACUUGGAAGUUGGUGAGGACAGACUCGUGUUAGACUCAAAAGGUCACUAUGAACUAAUUGAUUUCUAUCUUCCGUGCAGUGUAGACCAAGAUAUUAUUGAAGCUAAAUUGAAUAGGAAUUAUGAUUUAUUAUCUGUGAAAAUGCCAGCAAUCCAUUAAACAAUUGUAAUUAAAUGGGAGUCCACUAAAGUUUGAACAUCUUUGAAGGCACAUAGUUGAAAUAUUCCUUAAUUCUAUGAAAAUGUUAAAAAUCUUUCAAGAGAGUAGUAAAUUUCUUAUAUUGAAUAAAACUAUUGUUAUGAGC